GCGAUAGUACGGGGCGGAAGAGUCGUAUCUUCCUUAGUAGUCAACUGGAGCCGCUUAUGUUGUAGAGCAACCAAUAACCGACGACAGCUUUGGACGACAGGAGGAGGACAAACUGUUUGUUUUCAGAGUAAACCGUCGAACGAGAGCCUGUACUUGUUCGUCCUCGAACAAACGGUCUUUUUUGUCUGUGAGGCGAAGAGGCAAGUGUUUUCAUGUUGUACAAUUUACAGUGUUUGCGAGGAGACUUCCAACUGGCGAAUCGCAUCAGUUCGCCCGGAGGGUCAUCGUCAGAGACGACACCCUCUGCUCCGUCAGCGUCAACUGUUUAGAAAAUGACCGGAGAGAAGAUCCGCUCCCAGCGUAAGGACCACAGGCCGAGCAAGGAGGAGGAUUUACUGGAGCCGGACGAGGAGGCAGCCACUGGGACGUUCACCGCCUCCAAGACGAACAACAAGAGCAGAGCGAGUAAAAUCUUCAGCAAUCACAAGUUAAUCAAGUCUUCAUCCACACAGCAGCAGCAGAACCACCAGUCCCAGAUUAAUGCUAACACCAACACACUGUCAUCAUCAGAAGUCAUCGAUGACAAUAACAAAAACCCUAUCAUCCGAACUGGGCAGGACUUUCCGGUACAUGAGUGCGUGUUUAAAGGAGAUGUCCGGCGCCUGUCAUCGCUCAUACGGACUCAGAAUAUCGCCCAAAAGGACGUUCAUGGAAACACACCGUUGCAUCUGGCUGUCAUGAUGGGGCACAAAGAGUGUGCCCAUCUGCUGCUUGCCCACAAUGCACCUGUGAAGGUGAAGAACGCUCAGGGAUGGAGCCCUCUUGCUGAAGCCAUCAGCUACGGAGACCGACAAAUGAUCACAGCCCUUCUGAGGAAGCUGAAGCAACAAUCCAGGGAGAGUGUGGAAGACAAAAGGCCCAAGCUGCUGAAAGCCCUUAAAGAACUUGGAGACUUUUACUUGGAGCUUCAUUGGGACUUCCAAAGUUGGGUGCCUUUGCUCUCCAGAAUCCUGCCUUCAGACGCGUGUAAGAUCUACAAGCAAGGCAUCAACAUCAGAUUGGAUACCACUUUAAUAGACUUUUCAGACAUGAAGUGUCAACGUGGUGACCUCAGUUUCAUCUUCAAUGGCAAUGCUAUCCCAUCUGAGUCUUUUGUUGUGCUGGACAAUGAGCAGAAAGUCUACCAGCGGAUACACCAUGAGGAGUCAGAGAUGGAGACAGAGGAAGAAGUAGACAUUCUGAUGAGCAGCGACGUGUACUCUGCAACGCUUUCUACCAAGUCCAUCACCUUCUCCAGGGCGCAGACUGGCUGGCUGUUCAGAGAAGACAAAACGGAGCGCGUGGGAAACUUUCUGGCUGAUUUCUACUCCGUGAACGGCCUGGUGCUGGAGUCCAGGAAGAGAAGAGAGCAUCUGAGUGAGGAGGACAUCUUGAGGAACAAGGCCAUCAUGGAGAGCCUGAGCAAAGGAGGGAACCUCAUAGAGCAGAAUUUUGAGCCAGUGCGGCGGCAGUCUUUAACACCUCCUACACCCAACACCAUAUCCUGGGAAGAAUACAUCACUGCUGACAAUGGAAAAGCCCCUCACCUCGGGAGAGAGCUGGUCUGUAAAGAGAGCAAGAAAAACUUCAAAGCCACGAUAGCCAUGAGUCAAGACUUCCCUCUGGGCAUCGAAUCGUUAUUGAACGUUCUCGAGGUCAUUGCACCAUUCAAGCACUUUAAUAAACUCAGGGAGUUUGUUCAGAUGAAGCUCCCCCCUGGCUUUCCUGUCAAACUUGACAUCCCUGUCUUUCCCACCAUCACAGCCACGGUAACUUUUCAGGAGUUUCGCUACGAUGAGUUUGAUCAGUCCAUAUUUACCAUCCCCAAUGACUACAAGGAAGACCCCAGCCGCUUCCCAGACCUUUAACCUCUGACGCUGGAGGAGGAAACACACUGACAUUCAGGCAACAUUACGCUAUGAGACACUUUGGAAUUCCAACCCAAAAAGUGGAUGUAGAAAAACAGCUACUCUCUUCCAUGCCCUGAUUAUGGAGGGCAACAAGGUGACCACAGUUUCCCAAAUGGGACAAACGAGGCUUUAUCAAAGCGGACAGAGGCUCACCACGGCAGAGGGGGCAACAUCUCCACAUCUGUGUUUUAAACGUACUGUUGCAGAUUCUUACUCUUAAUUCAAAUUUGGGGGAAUCCUGAAGCCGAGGCAGGAAGUGCAAAUAUGUUUGACCUGAGAGUCUGUAUGUCUUAUCAGUGAAAGGGCAUUGAAGAUCAAACGAGAAACAGCAGAGCAGGUGAGAGCUCUGAAAAUGGGGCAUAAGCAAAAGACAGUUGAUGCUAUGUAUUAAGUUCGUAUGUAAUGUUUAUAAAGGGAAUGAGUUCCAACUGACAUGUAGUGAAGCACUGAUAUUACUGUCUGACACAUUCGGGGGGAUUCUGCAAAAUAUGAUUUUAAGGUUUUUUUUCCCCCUUACUUAAACAGAUUUUUAAGGACUCAUUUUAAGUUUUGUAGUAUUGGGUUUGAGAUUGGUCAAAUAUUCAAUGGUAAAAAGCCUCAUUUAGACCUGUAACACAAGGAAAAGUCACAGUUUUUACACUCACAUCCAGUUUGGUUUGGGGAAAUGCUUAAUGAAGCGACCCUUUUUAUAAAUUGAAACCUAAAAACCUGUUUUUGUAGAAUUCCACUUAAAUGAUGCACAUUAUAAAAUUGUGUGUGAGUUUGUGUGUGUGUGGGUGUGUGUAACAUUGAUUUUCACGGGCAUGGAGUAGCAUCACUGAACUUCUGGGCACUAUUUAGAUCCACUACAGCCACAAUACACUCAGCUGAGUUAAUAGACACUGAUAUAGUGAUGGUCAGCCCUUAAAUCCUCAUUUGAUUCAUGAUGGUUUUUAAGGCAUUGCCAGACAAGCUGAAAAUUUUAUGGUACAUUUUUCUCUUUUUUUGUUUGAGUUGCAGCAAUUAUAUUCACAUCUUUUGUUUAUUAUAAAAACCCUUUGUAAACUAUGUACAAACUGUACAAUCCAGUUUAAGGAGGAAACCUGGGGAUUGUAAACUAAGUAGAUAGAAGGGAAUGACUGCAUCGUUCAUGUCAUUUUUACACGUGACGAGACCCAAUAUGUAUAUACAGCUUUUUUUGUGCUGAGUUUAAGAUGUCCCCUGCAGGAGGAGACUCGCAGAUGUUUUUUUUUUUUUUUUUAUGUAGCGUCAGAUUACAUAAAUUCAAGGGUUUAUUGUUUGUAACCUGUUGGCAUUUGCUGUUUUGUACAUACUUGUAAUGUUUUAAAGAAAGAAUGAAUCUCUUGAUUCUCCUGCCUUAUUCUUUCUCCCACCCCUUUACUGGAUAAACUUCAUGAACC